AUGCCCCGCCACCACGCGGGCGGAGAGGAGGGCGGCGCCGCCGGGCUCUGGGUGAGGAGCGGCGCGGCGGCGGCGGGCGGGGGGCGCCCGGGCGGCGGCAUGAAGGAUGUGGAGUCGGGCCGGGCCCGGGCGCUGCUGAACUCGGCGGCCGCCAGGGGCGACGGGCUGCUGCUGCUGGGCACCCGCGCGGCCGCGCUCGGCGGCGGCGGCGGCCUGAGGGAGAGCCGGCGGGGCAAGCAGGGCGCCCGGAUGAGCCUGCUGGGGAAGCCGCUCUCCUACAGCAGCGGCCAGAGCUGCCGGCGCAACGUCAAGUACCGGCGGGUGCAGAACUACCUGUACAACGUGCUGGAGAGACCCCGCGGCUGGGCGUUCGUCUACCACGCGUUCGUUUUUCUCCUUGUCUUUGGUUGCUUGAUUUUAUCAGUGUUUUCCACCAUCCCUGAGCACACAAAAUUGGCCUCAAGUUGCCUCUUGAUUCUGGAGUUCGUGAUGAUUGUCGUCUUUGGUUUGGAGUUCAUUAUUCGCAUCUGGUCUGCAGGCUGCUGCUGCCGAUAUAGAGGAUGGCAAGGAAGACUAAGAUUUGCCCGGAAGCCCUUCUGUGUUAUAGAUACCAUUGUUCUUAUCGCUUCGAUUGCAGUUGUUUCUGCAAAAACUCAGGGUAACAUUUUUGCCACGUCUGCACUGCGAAGUCUCCGCUUCCUGCAGAUCCUCCGCAUGGUGCGCAUGGACCGGCGAGGGGGCACCUGGAAGUUACUGGGCUCCGUGGUUUAUGCUCACAGCAAGGAAUUAAUCACAGCGUGGUACAUAGGAUUUUUGGUUCUUAUUUUUUCAUCUUUCCUUGUUUAUCUGGUGGAAAAGGAUGCCAAUAAGGAGUUUUCUACAUAUGCAGAUGCUCUCUGGUGGGGCACAAUAACAUUGACAACGAUUGGCUAUGGAGACAAAACCCCCCUGACUUGGCUGGGAAGGCUGCUCUCUGCAGGCUUUGCACUCCUUGGCAUUUCUUUCUUUGCACUUCCUGCAGGCAUUCUUGGCUCAGGUUUUGCGUUAAAAGUGCAAGAACAGCACCGCCAGAAACACUUUGAGAAAAGAAGGAACCCGGCUGCCAACCUUAUUCAGUGCGUUUGGCGGAGUUAUGCAGCCGACGAGAAAUCUGUCUCCAUUGCAACCUGGAAGCCGCACCUGAAGGCCUUGCACACCUGCAGCCCCACCAAUAAGUUCUAUAGUCAUAAGCAGAAGCUCUUCAGAAUACACACCACACGGAAGCAGAGUCAGAAGCUCAGCUUUAAGGAGCGCGUGCGCAUGGCCAGCCCACGGGGCCAGAGCAUUAAGAGCAGACAAGCCUCGGUGGGUGACAGGAGGUCCCCAAGCACAGACAUCACCGCCGAAGGCAGCCCCACCAAAGUGCAGAAGAGCUGGAGCUUCAACGACCGGACCCGCUUCCGGCCCUCGCUGCGCCUCAAAAGUUCCCAGCCAAAACCAGUAAUAGAUGCUGACACAGCGCUUGGCACGGAUGAUGUGUAUGAUGAUAAAGGAUGCCAGUGUGAUGUAUCAGUGGAGGACCUCACCCCACCACUUAAAACUGUCAUUCGAGCUAUCAGGAUUAUGAAAUUUCAUGUUGCAAAACGGAAGUUUAAGGAAACCUUACGCCCAUAUGAUGUAAAAGAUGUCAUUGAACAGUACUCUGCUGGUCAUCUGGACAUGUUGUGUAGAAUUAAAAGCCUGCAAACACGUGUGGAUCAAAUUCUUGGAAAAGGGCAAAUCACAUCAGAUAAGAAGAGCAGAGAGAAGAUAACGGCAGAACACGAGACCACAGACGACCUCAGUAUGCUUGGCCGGGUGGUCAAGGUUGAAAAACAGGUUCAGUCCAUCGAGUCCAAGCUGGACUGCCUGCUGGACAUAUAUCAGCAGGUCCUCCGGAAAGGCUCUGCCUCAGCCCUCACUCUGGCCUCCUUCCAGAUCCCACCUUUUGAAUGUGAACAGACCUCUGACUAUCAAAGCCCUGUGGACAGCAAAGACCUGUCCAGCUCCGCACAGAACAGCGGCUGCUUGUCCCGAUCAGCCAGUGCCAACAUCUCCCGAGGCCUGCAGCUCAUUCUGACCCCCAAUGAGUUCAGCGCCCAGACUUUCUACGCGCUGAGUCCUAUGCACAGUCAAGCGACACCGGUGCCCGCGAGUCAAGGCGACGGCCCAGCGGCGGCGGUCACCCACAGCAUCGCACACCAAAUAAACGCGCCGUCCAAGCCCGCGGCCCCAGCCACUUUGCAGAUCCCGCCUCCUCUCCCUGCCCUCAAGCACCUGCCCCCCAAUCCCGUGGGCCUGCAGGAGAGCAUUUCCGAGGUCACCACCUGCCUUGCUGCCUCCAAGGAGAAUGUUGCGGCUGCGCAGGCAAACCUGACCAAGGACCGCUCUCUGCGCAAGAGCUUCGACCUGGGCGGAGAAACGCUGCUGUCCGUCCGCCCCGUGGUACCCAAGGACCUGGGCAAGUCUCUGUCUGUGCAAAACCUGAUCCGAUCGACGGAGGAACUGAAUACACAGCUUUCAGGGAGCGAGUCGAGUGGCUCCAGAGGCAGCCAAGAUUUUUACCCCAAGUGGAGGGAAUCCAAAUUGUUCAUAACUGAUGAAGAGGUGGGUCCGGAAGAGACCGAGACGGACGCUUUUGAUGCGGCGGCGCCGCCCUCCAGGGAAGCUGCCUUCGCGUCAGACUCUCUCAGGACUGGAAGAUCCCGAUCAUCUCAGAGCGUUUGUAAGGCAGCAGAAAAUACAGACGCCCUCAGCUUGCCCCACGUCAAGCUCAAAUAAGUUCUUCGUUUUCUUUCUAGGCCUAGCAGUUCCUUUAGCCAUACAUAUCGUUGCAUGAACUCUUUCGAAAGCCCUUCUACAAAGUUGAAUUGCAGGAAUUGGGAAGAACAUGAAAGGCAGUUUAUAAGCCCGUUAUCAUUUAAUUGCAUGAAAAUGCAUGUUUAGGGGAUGGCUGAAAUUCCAAGGUACGACACAGCAUUCAGCCACUCAUUUAGGAACGUACCUUGAGUUAAAAAUCCUGAGAAACCAAACACUGCUAAUGCUGUGGGGUGUGUGAAAAGGUCAAGGUUAGGUCCUUUAGAAGAUUUGACCCUGUAUCUUGAAAUGAUGAGCGUAAAAUACCUUCAGAUUUCAGGCAUUUCUGCUUUGUAAUUAAAUACAAAAUACAUUUUCAAAAUUAAGUCGCCAUGUAUAUUUUCACACAAUGGCUACCAUCAGCAGCUGCUAACCAGGUACCCAGUAAAGCAGGAUUGGGGAAUCAUAGAAAUGGCUGCUCGUUUCAAGAUGCAUUUGCCAACCCAUUCCUAUCCAUUAUUACUGAUGUCAUUUGAAUGUCAAUUUGUGUGCUUUUGGUGAUUUAACGCUGUGGCAAGCGAUUUUGCACAUGAUUUUCAUGUUUUUUAUGACGAGAAUGUUCUUCAGUUAGCAAAUGUGCAAAUAAUGCAAUUCAGGGCCAGUGGGGCAAAUAGACUGACUUUUUGACACCUCUGGCUCCAUGGAAACAUAUUCCCUGAUGGCUGACUCAACUUUAUAAGCGGUCAACUGACACACAGGCCAAUGAAAUCCUGGGCAGUGGACUGGCCAAUGGGAUGGGCUAAUCUGCCCACAAUGCUGCCCACGGAAGGGGGGUGCUGGUAAGAGGCUUUUCCCACCAGGCCGAUGCACAGACAGGAUCCCGGGGAAAGAGACGUGGGUGAGACUGACAUGGGAAAGGCUUGAAAAGAAUCCAGACACAGCAUCAGGAAAGGAGUGCAGUUCAAGGACUUCCCCCUCAAAGGGCAGCAAGAGGGAGAGAAACAAGCCAAAAGAAAAGAACUUGAUUUUCUAGAAAACGAGUAUUACCAGGGAAUUCAACUCCCUCAACAUCCCUUAUUCUUAUAUAUAUAAGCAGAGAAUUUGCCAGGUAUUUAUUUUUCAAUAUGCCCUGAAUGUUUUUUGCUAUUAUGUAGUAUGUUUUGCAUAUGAAAGGCUAAAACUAAACCUCCUCCACUUUUUUAUACUGUAGUGAACAUUUUCUAUUCUCCCCGAGAAUGUUGCCCCCCAAUCUGAAAUUAUUGAUUCCAUUUCCUGGAACAAAAACAGUUAGAAGCCAGGUAACACAGGUAGGGUCUACAAAUCAAAACAUUUCCUACCGUAGCAUAAUAUAGCAUGACAGCCAAAAGAUCAAGAGAAACAAAAUGAAAAACGUAUUUACCGGAAAGCAAGCAAAGCUGACUGCUUGUUAGAAAGCAGCCUGGCUCUCCCCAAGCAUUGGGAGUUCAGCCCGGGUCACGGCACUCAAAAGGCCAGGAGACACGAGAGAGCGCUUCAGUUAAACCAGCCAUAGAAGAGGUUUCUCCUUGCUGGCUAGUGCUGCCUCCGGAGAAACUUUUCCAGCAGCAGGGAGGAAUGAAGAGGGCCGUCCAAAGGCAGGGCGAGGCCCUGAAAUCUGCUAAGUCCUUCCCACUCUCUCCCCCAGCCGGCUUUCUCCGACCCUGUCUACUCCUACUUUUUUCUCCGUGAAUGGCAUAUGGACUCGCUGCCACAAGUUACCUUCCAGACUUUGCCAGGCCUUCACCAGCCUCCGUGCCCAAGUAAAGCACUUCUCCACUCUACCUAAAACGUGCUUCACAACCUUUUAAGAUCCUUGUCCUUUUUGAUACACACGGAAAUUUGGAAGGCUGGAUUCUAGCACUCCAAACGCACCCACCUAGAUUCUAGCACACUUCCCUGGAGUGUAUCAUUCAGAGUCUGCUUGGCUGCUGGAGACACACAGAAGCUAGGUUCUGAAUUUCACACUCCAGUUAAAAAGAUUUUAUCAAGCUUUUGAAACCAUGAUUUUCAGUUUUGCAACAUGGAAGUUUAGUAAGAGUUUAGUAAAGUAUUAAAUGCAAUUUUUCAUCUACCCAUGUCUCCACUCAACUUGAAGUUGUGAUCCACUCUCUCGAGGAUGUACAGAGAACACACACACACCCCCUCCCCAACCUAAAGCCAGACACCCCACCCCACACACCCCCCUUGCCCCGCCAUGCACAGCAGGCUGUCUCCAAAUAUUAGUUGAGAAAGGGAAGGCAGUGGCAACUUUCAGGGAGCACUGAUUCUUGGACAUAUUCUGUCCUGGGUCAAACCCCACUGGCAGCAGGAACUCUGAAUGUACUGGGGACCCCUCCUCAGGCCUCUUUAGGCGUUAGACACGGUACAGUUCAUCCAGCGUUGCUGAAGACUGAAGUUUCAAAACAAAACCUAAGCCUAUCACUGAGGGUUAAUCACAGCCAAACGUGGUGAACCAUGUUGUGAAAAUCUUUCAUGCCUUGAAGCUGUGACCAUUUUGUGUCUAUCUUAACCCUAGCACAAAAUUUCUUGGAUGUUAAAAGCUAGUCAUAUUGUGUGAAAACUGUAGGGUUCCAUCUGCUAUGUGACCCUCGAUGAAGUCGGCAGGGGUCCUCCACUUACACUUAGCAAAAUCCCUUUGGUCAAUCCUGGACGGUGUCUUGAAGCACAAUUUAGCUGAGCACUGAUCAGCCACCAGCUUCUUUCUCAGUCCAAGUUUGUCUGCCUUCUUCAGUAUGUAAGGUUGAUCAAGCUAAUGCUUCAUUGCAAACAUCCCUUCUAUGAAGUUACCGAAAAAAAAGUUUGCUAUGUCUGAUCUAAAUGUUUGCUUUGUCUUCGAUUAAAUUAAUAUCUGUAGAUUGCAAGUUUUGUUUCAAGUAAGACACUUCAAUGAGUUUUAAAGUCUUGAUCUCCUGUUCUAAGGUGCCUUUCUCACCUCCCAUUGACUCAGUGAUUCUGAAAGUUCUUAAUUUGCAGGUAAAACAAGUUUGACAGAGAGGAGGAAAUCAGGCACAAAAGUGGCUAAUUCUCAUGUCCGUUUGCAGAGCAAAACCAUAAGGACUGAUGAAACCCGAGCGACUAAAUUAAUGGGUCACUUCAUCCAGAUUGAGAAAGUAUCAUAAAUAUUAACGUAUCUCCCCAGAAGCUGAUAUUUUUUGCCUUAAAAAUGACAUGGUUGUGUUUUUGUAAAAGAAACUUAAUUUAAUAUAAUUUUGUGCAUUUAAGUGAGCAGUUCUAGAAGUCAUGUGUGACAAUGCAAUUGUCUGUUUCCUGAAAACAAAUAAAUCAGGAAUAUCAUAUCCAUUUCAGGCUACCAUUCAAAUGUAAUUUCCUUUGCUCUCUUUUAUGGGGAUUAUUUGUUUUCAAGUAAAACAUUAAAAAGAUGUCGGUAAA